AUGUCAGAAGCUUCAGAAUGUAAGUUAUUUGAUUGCCUAUGUUUAUUACCCUACCCUACCAUGGCUUACCCUACCUUACAGGGUUGGCAACAGCGCAGGGCAGGGCAUUUCAACAGGGCAUUUUUUUGAAUUUCGUUUUCCCGCCAAACUCAUAUCUUGAAAACUGUAAUAGUUAUCAAGAAAAUAACAACGUAUAAUGGAUUAACAGCGUUUAAAACCUAUUUCUAGAAAUUUUUGCGUUUUUAGGCUUAGCCAAAAAAAUUAAACAUAGCCUCAACUCACUAAAAAUUUCCCUAUCCGCCCUACACCUCUACCUUACCCUAGCCUACCCUUUCAUUACAUUUAAUCGUAGCCACACCUUGUUCCAUCAUACCCUAUCCUACCCACCUUACCCUAUGACAAUAUUCCUACUGUACCCAUACCUACUAAAACUUUAUUUUUCAGUAUUCGUCCAGCUACUAACUCUAGCAGUAAAAGUGAUAUGGCGCACGAUAUACGGUAUGUACAAAGCCGUCGCUCCAUACGAAUGGAUGCCAAAGAAGGAUGUAAAGGACCAAGUUGUACUAAUAACCGGCUCUGGGUCGGGUCUUGGCCGUGAAAUGGCUAUAAAAGUAAGUCUUUGUCCCAUGUUUUCUAUAUUAAGGUCUUGAAAAAGUCUUGUCGCCAAGUUGCAUUACCUUUAAAGGCCAAAAACGCCAAAACUUCUGCCACUGCCAUUUUAAGCCUAAUAAACAUAAAAACGUCAUUUUAGUUCGCCCAAAGGGGUGCCAAACUAAUUUUGUGGGAUCUCAACGAAACUCUGAAUAACGAAACCAAACGACUGGUCGAUUUGGUCGGUAUUCAUGAGGCGACAUGUUAUACGGUGAAUCUUGCUGAUCGACAGCUUGUAUAUACAGUUGCUGAUAAGGUUAAAGAGGACUUUGAAGGCGUGGAUAUACUCAUUAAUAAUGCUGGAAUUGUGACUGGUCGAAAAUUUUUGGAAUGCCCUGAUGAGCUGGUCGAUAAAACAAUGGCUGUUAAUACUCAUGCAUUGUUUCAUGUAGGUUCGGGUUGGGUACUGUAGAUUUGGAUUGGGUACUGUAGGUUUGGGUUGGGUACAUUCAGUUACAAUAGGUUCGGGUGAAGUACCGUAAGAUAUGGUAGGCUUGAGAUGGGUACUGUAGGAUUAGUAUAGGUACUGCAGGCUUAAAUGCUAGGUAACGUACUGUAAGCCAAAGAAAAACAAUGUAAGCUUAAGUAGAGUACUGUUGGUUUGGGUUGAGUACUGUAGGGCUAGUUUAGGUAUAGUAGGUCUUUGGUAAAGCAAUGUAGGCUUAGGUAGUGUACUGUAAGUUCGGAUAGUCCAUUGUAGGCUUGGAUAAAGUACAGUAGGUCGAGGAAGGGCAUUAUAGGCUCGUCCGUAGUACUACAGUUUGAGAUAGGGUAUUGUAAGUUUAUUUAGAAGAGGUAGAAUUAAGGGUAGGGGUAUAAAACGUUUUUUAAAAUGCAUUUUCUGACCCUAGCUACAAACCUUCAGACCGCCAAAGCCUUCGUCCCUGGGAUGAUCGCCAGGAACCGUGGUCAUGUUGCAGUAGUUGCUUCUAUGGCUGGUAAAGUCGGUGUGGCGGGCAUGGUAGAUUAUUGUGCGAGCAAAUUCGGAGCUGUGGGCUUCGCCGAAGCCCUGAGGGCAGAAUUGCGUACAAAAUCCGAAAACUUGAAUGUUACUUUGGUAUGUCCGUACUAUAUUAAUACGGGCAUGUUUGAUGGUGUUAAGACAUCAUCGCCUUUACUACUGCCAUUCUUAGAGACUGAAUAUGCUGCUGAUAAGAUUGUGAAUGCGAUUUUGACCAACCAGGUCGUACUUCAAAUGCCACGGUUUUGCUAUGUCAGCACGCUGCUUAAGGAGUAAGUUUUGAUGUAUUGACAAGGAGGGGGGGGAGGAUUCACAUAAUGGUAGGGAGAGACUGAUUCACAAAACACUCAAAAAGUUCAUAGCCUCAACUUUUACCACCAAAACACAUUUUAAAAUUCAUUUCCAGAAUCCUCCCAACCGAAGCCAGCGAAGCCAUCGCCGACUUUUGUGGCGUCAAUAGGGAAAUGGACACUUUUAAAGGCCGGCAGCCUGCGCCCGGGCAUGUCAAACUUCAAUAA